UUCAAGAUCGCAAAUCUUGAAGCGCCAUGCCCGACGCCAAGGCCGAGCUGCCGUCGAGCGAGCUCUCGGACGCCGAGUACCGCAAGAUCUCGUCGCGGCCGUUCAUCAAGCACAACGACAUGACGGCCGAGGUGUGCACCGAGACGGUCGAGAUCAUCACGAUGGCGGUCGACAAGCACGUGCCGGUCAAGAACUAUGAAGCGGCCGCGCAGCUCAUCAAGCAGAGCAUGGACAAGAAAUUUGGGUCCUUCUGGCACUGCUUUAUCGGCGAAGGCUACGGCUUUGACAUUAGCUACCAGCAACGACACAUGCUCUACAUGUACGUCGGCGAAAUUGGCAUCCUCGUCUACAAGUGCUAGCGCAACGAGUUAUAACCCUGUACAAAGAUGGUCGAUAUCAAAGUGCUGGC